GUUUUCUUCGCAAAACUUAGCAUCUAGUCAACAGUUGUUAUUUAAGUAAUUUGAAUGGAAAUAAAUUCGUCAUAGUUUGUACAUCUAAGAAGCCUAUGUCCAAAACGCAAAACAACCGCGUUCAGCCUCGACUUGCUGGGGGAUUAUGAGAGGCAACAGUGCCCACCAGGAGGCAACGUCGUCUAAAGACAAUGAGCUGCAAUAUGCAACGAAACCGCAGCAUGUCUGCCUUUCGCAUGAUGGAUUCAACGCGGGGAAAUAGACAGCAUUCCCUGAAUCUGAAUCAUGCCAAUAGCAAGCAUUCGUGUAAAUUGUGCGCCUACCAGAAACCCUCAACCAAGGUGCCCUACAAGCAGCACAAAAAUGUAAUGGGAACGAGUAAGGGCUGGAACUAUUCGGUUCCCACGUGGCCGAACAACUACAAUGUGAUGCCGAUGUACGAUCAGUCACCGAUGAUGUCUCAAUACCAUCCCCAGCACAUGCAGCAGUCCUACUACAUGCCACAGCAACAGCAGCAGCCAUAUUACUAUGCCCAGCCCCAGAGCUGGGGCAUGGGCAUGCCACAACAGUCCUGGUACAGCUAUGCGCCGCAGCAGCAGUCAAUGGGCUAUCCCCACUAUGGCUGCUGGUACGGCGAGCAGGCCAAGCAGGCCAUGUCGCAGAAGAAUGUGGAUCUGAAUGCUGGCCUAAUACCGAAAUCCUUUUGCCAAAACAAAAACGUGCCCCAACAGCAGCAACAAGUCAAUCAGCAGGCACAGCCGCAGCAGCAGGGGCAGCAACAGCAGAUUGCCGAGAACACUAGUCAGUGCUCGCAGAAUCCGUCCUGUAGUGCAGAGAGCGAUGCCAACAAACACCGUCCCACUGGUGGAGGCCGUCAAAUGCGUUGUCGAUCGGGUUACUAUGCACCAUGUGGCAUGCUGCAGCCCCGUCGACAGUUUGUGGAACAGCAGCAAGCGCCCAGCAACAUCUCAUUGAGUCGCAUCGAUAGCGUGAAUAGCUUCAAGGAUAAAUGCGGCUCACGCAGACGUGACUCCCAGCAGGAUAUGAUCCAAUACCAGCGUGUAGCUGCGCGCACUCUGCGCUCGGACGAUCAGGUGAAUGAUACGUACUCGGAGCAGACUAUUGUGGACACCAUUUCCAUGGCCAGCGACGUCUCUGCCAGGCCGAAGAAGCGGCACAAGUUGAAGUGUAAGUGUAAGAAGUCUUCGCAUGGCGAUGACGCCAUUUCGGCGGCCAUUGGCUCGCGUGCGAGCAGCUUCUUCCGGCGUCUGGGCAUUAAGCUGAAAUCGGAGAAGAGCAGCACCAUCUCGAUACGCAAGCAGCCGCGUGCCAAGCCGAAGCCACAGCUGGUCAGUUGCUUUGGCGAAAGACCCAGUGUGGCUGGCAUGGCACGAAGAACCCAAGGUCUGCUCACGAUAAACAGUCACGAGUACUAUCAGCAGUGCCAGGCAGCACACGAUGGCUCUCGUAUGCUGGAGCGUCGAUAUGGUAAGGCCAUGCAGUCCUAUGGUAAUGAGGACCCGCCAUCAGGCGCACAAAUCCCCAAAAACCGCACCAGAAAUCCAUUCGUGCGUAUGCGAGAUAAAAGCAAUGCGGCGUUUGCUUUGCAAACCCAUCGGAUGACGUUGUCUGGAUGUGAGCGAGGAUGAAGGCAACGGCAUAGGCUUUGUAAAAAUCAUAAAUAGUCCGAAAUGUUGUACCCUUAUAUUGUUUCUGAGCUCACCCAACCAAUAGCCCAAUAAAUUUUUCUCACACACCACCA